CACACUUUAUCGACAAUCAAAGAAAUUUCGAGUAAAAUGAAGAACAGAGUGAUUUGUGUUUUAUUGUUAUUAUUAUUUCGCUCAAAAUGUAUUACUGCAAAAAUUACAAGCUGUAGUGACUCGUAUGCAAAUUAUAAUGACUUUUAUUUUGUUGUACUAUAUUGUGACAAUGAAAGCAUCGAUUGUACUGCAGAUAGCAGCUCAUCUGCAUGUGAAUGUUAUAAAAAUGUUUUUGACAAUGGGUAUAGUUCCAAAGUGAAACGUUUAAAACCUUGUUCGGGCAUACGCUUGGAUGAAAAACUUAUCGAAAAAUUUCAUAAUAUCGAAAUAUUCGACAUAUCCGGAUGUAAAAUUGAACAUUUAACUUCGGCUGAUUUAAAAUUUACAUCCCUAUUAACAUUAGACACAUCCAACAAUAAACUUAUCAACAUUUCGGGAUCUAUUUUUAUCGAAGCUCCAAAUGUGAAGGAAAUUGAUUUCUCUUACAAUAAUAUCAUUGCACUUCAUCAAAAUGAUUUGAAAGGCGCAACAAAAUUGACACGAAUUAAUUUCUCGCAUAACAACAUAUCUAUGAUUGAGGGGAAAUUAUUUGAUAACAAUUCUGAAUUAAUUCAUAUUGACAUGUCACACAACAAAAUCAAUGGACUUAAUAAAAAUCACUUUAAAGGAGCAAAAAGUCUUGAGACCAUAUAUUUUUCUUAUAAUGAUAUAUCCAUUUUGGAGGGGGAUACAUUUGGAGAGCUGAACAGAGUGCGAAAGAUCGACCUAAGCAACAAUUUAAUCCAAACUAUUGACAAAGAUACGUUUAAAAACAACAUAAAUUUACAUCGGUUAUAUUUGGAAAAUAAUCCCAUUAAACGAAUCAAUUACAAUAUAGUUGGGCAACAGAGGGGCAUCGAUAUGAACAUUUAUUUGAAGAACGUCGAAGAAGUCGACAUGAGUUCCAUGACAGAUUUUUUUAAUAUUUCGAUGGAUCAUUUUUCAUUGGCCAUCGAGUAUUAUAACGUUCAAUUCGCCGUUAACCCUUCCAACUACAUAAAAAUCAACACCAAUAUUGACAAAAUAACAUACGUUAAUAUGUCCAACAAUAAAAUUCCAAAUACAGAUAAGAUAAUUCCAAAAUUGAGAGCAUCAGUGGAAACAUUGGACGUGUCAUUCAAUUUCUUUUACGAAAAAUCACUGCAUGUUGAUAUAUUUCGUGAUUUGAUCAAUUUAAAACAUCUUUAUUUGAGCCACACAAGGAUUUCGAUUGUAAAUGGCGACACGUUUUAUAAGCUUGGUGAAUUGAUUACAUUGGAUUUGAGCGAUAAUUCAAUAUCAACACUUGAUCAAAGCAUAUUCAAAUACAAUAAAAAAUUGAAAAGUUUACACCUCGAGAAUAACCCAUUGAAGAGCAUCGGUUGCAAAAUUCUGAUGCCAUUGAUGAGUUCAGCGUUAGUCGAUUUCAAUGGAGUAAAUGUGAAAAAGCUCAAGUGUUUGGAUCCAAAAGACGAGAUUUUGAUGCAAAAUAUCACAAAUAUGCUCGGAAAACAGAAAAAGAAGAGUAUUGAAGCUACAACGAUAUCAGCUGAGAUUACAACUGAACUCAAACUUCAAGGCUCACCAGUCACGCGUUUUGAUUGUGGUACCUUUUCGUCAUUAAAAACCUCCGAAUCAACGCGAUUGUCCUGUGCUCACAUCAAAGAGAUCGAUACGAGUUGCAUGGGAAAUGCAUUGGAAAUUAAUAUCGACAGCAAUGAUGAUGUAGUUUUCCAUUUAUCGAAAAUGAAUUCCGAAUUGCGUUGCUCAAAAGAACAAUUUCAAAAAUUAAGUUACUUAAAUAUUUCCGGUCAUCAACUCAAAAAUGUUCGACAAAUUGUCGCUUUACUUGGACCAUCGAUCGAAAAGUUGGAUCUGUCGAUGAACUUCGUUGGAAAAUUGGAUGCAAAACAAUUGGAAAGAUUUGUCAAUUUGAAGUAUUUAAAUCUAAGUUGCACCAAUAUCUCGAACCUCGAAUACAAUACGUUCUACAAUCAACGAAAGCUGGAAGUCCUUGAUAUAUCAUUCAAUCAAUUAAAAGAUAUGAAUUCCAGUUUAUUUCUGGGAAAUUUCCAAAAUUUACAUACUUUAAAUGUGGAGGGAAACGAUUUAACGAAGAUUGAUAUAGUUAAGGCAGGAGUUUUU